UUGUUAUGGACUUCACUACAAAGCAAAGACAAUUCAUUUCUGGAUAUCAAGUUCUACUUUACUGCAAAGCUAAUAAUGAAGGCAACAGAGUCCAAGUUGAGUUGGAGAGGGAAUUCUUCAUUGCUGAAAACGUUGUGUUUGAAAACAUCACCAUAACCUCACAACACAAUGGUGCCAUUGCCUCGUGUGUAGAACUCGGUAUAUCUGGCAACGUUAUUAAGAAAUCAGAAACCAAAUUAGGCGUUCUCUAUUCCCCAGAAUUGAUUUCCAAGAAUUUGAAUUAUGAGUUAGAAACCGGUAACUCUGGAAAAAUUGUCAUCAAAUUCCAGGCAAAUCCUGCAAUACCACAAUGGCGUAUUCAUGUCCGCAAGAACGGUACGAGCUUAUCCAACUACUAUCUGAUGGUCGAUGGCUAUCUCCACUCCGUUGUUCUUCAUUUUGUGAAAGUUGAAGCAGAAGAUUUUGGCAAUUACGGACUUGUCGUACAGACUUCGACUUUUGGUCUGUCGCCGUUAAAUACAAAUUUCUCCAUCUCUGAGUCUGUUACACAAGCUUUCAAAGCAGGAGAUAUAGCCGCUAUAUCACUCUCGGUUGUGCUCACGAUCGCGCUCAUUACUUUCGCCUUGGUCAUGGCGUAUAAGAAAUUAAAUAGCAAAGAAGAAAGAAAAAGAAAGAGCGCAAACCCGAAUGAAACUAGGGUCACUUAUGAACUAGAAACACACAAUUAUGAAGACACUGAUGGGAACAAUGAUGAAAAUAAUCUUGAAAAAGCCCACAGCGGUUGCGAGAAUAUGCACAUUAGACCGGUCCAACCCAACGUCUAUCACAUGCAAGACAAUUGCAACGAACAACGUACUAAACAACUUCCGCUUAAACCUCCGCCGUAUGAAGUUGAAAGCCGUUACUCAUGAACCUUUGACAUUUGACCUGUUACCUUGUGUAAAGGAAGGAAGUCAUUUAAUGGAAGAUGAACUUGAUUAUUGGAAAACACGUGGACUUGACAUGAGAGUGACAUUUUGCAGAGUGGUGAAGUUGGAGUCAAAUAUUUUAAUCCGGAUUUGAAAAUUGUAUUAGGGGUUGAUUUUUUAAAAUAAAUUCUCUGGCGUAACUUUUCUUCGACUUGCUUCUUCCCUUUGAGUUAACUAAUUUGACUAAUAUUUUUUUAUUUUCUGAUUAAAAUUCAAUUCAUUGAUAUCACUGUAAAAAGAUGGUUGUAAAGUACCUCAAUACUUGAUUUACAGUGCAGAUGAAAAGUUCACAAUGGUUUACAACAUAAGAGUUGAUUAGCAACCAAUUAAUUCGCUUCUAUUUCGCAUUUACGUGCUUUUGACUACCAAUGGAAUUCAAUUGCCCAAAGAUAAAAGAAUUAAUUAAAAUUAAUUUGCUGGGUGGGUUCACUUAGCUCGAUGUCGUAGAUAUUACGGUAGUUAUUUUACUUUCGUGUCCCGUAUAUUUGAACAUUUCCUUGUUUUAGUUUAUUAAUUAGUUUAAUUAAGUUUAUUUUUAUUUACAGUUACUUAUUUCGUUUUGAUUACUUUAUUUUAAUGGUUUGGUUUCAUGUCACACACAAAAAGAGCACACAAGUUUUGAGAUUUGAAUUACAGAAAUACUUAAAUCUUUGAAAUAGAGGAUAUCUGUGCUAAAUAAGAGUAGAAAUGCUAAAUAGGAUUGCCAUAAAGUCUUUAACAAAAAAUUAAAUUGCAAAGGGAAUUUAUCGAUACCUUAUAUUGUUUAGGCCCUCACAGAUGUAUUAAAUAAAGUAAAAAUACUUGAAUAUUUACUGAUUUAAAAAUAUAAAACCUGGUUAUCAUAUAUGGAGAACUGACUUCCAACGGAAUUGUAAUUUUAAUGGAA